CGCCCGGCCCGGGCUCUCCCGCCGCUACUCCGUUGCAGAGGACACCUCAUGGAAAAUAAAUAAAUUAAUCCCCCCACUCAUCCCCGCGGCCGGGAAAGGAGCCGGCGGCGGCCGCGGGAUUAGAUCCAGUCCGAGCUAGAGACCAGUCUAGUUGGAGAAGAGACAGAGACCAAAAAUGCCACCUGCAACAGGAGCACCAGAUUACCCACCUCCUGAUGGAGGCUGGGGAUGGGUUGUGGUCUUCGGGGCUUUUAUCUCCAUUGGAUUUUCCUAUGCCUUCCCCAAAGCCAUCACAGUGUUCUUCAAAGAAAUACAAGAGAUCUUCCACACAUCAUAUAGUGAGAUAGCUUGGAUAUCAUCGAUAAUGUUGGCUGUCAUGUAUGCAGGAGGUCCCAUAAGCAGCAUUUUGGUGAAUAAGUAUGGCAGCCGGCCUGUGAUGAUAGCAGGGGGUAUCCUGUGUUCUUUUGGAAUGAUUGCAUCCUCUUUCUGCAAUAGUGUCCUUGAGCUGUAUAUAUGUAUCGGUGUGGUUGGAGGUCUGGGUUUAGCAUUCAACUUACAGCCUGCCUUGACCAUGAUUGGCAAGUAUUUCUAUAAGAAGCGUCCCAUUGCUAAUGGAUUGGCAAUGGCUGGAAGUCCAGUGUUUCUGAGCACAUUGGCACCUCUCAAUCAAUUCCUCUUUAAUGCUUUUGGCUGGAAAGGAAGCUUUCUUAUUCUGGGAGGACUUCUUUUGAACUGCUGUGUUGCUGGGUCACUUAUGAGACCUGUUGGACCAAAGAAAGUCCCUCCUGUGAAAAAAGAUGUUGAAAAAGGCACAGGAGAUUCUGCCUUGCACAAAAACAACAAGAAGUCUUGUUGGCAAACUAUGAAUAAAUAUCUAGAUCUGUCCCUCUUCAAACACAGAGGGUUUCUGAUAUAUUUGUCAGGAAAUGUCAUUAUGUUUAUUGGUUUCUUUGCUCCGAUAGUAUUCUUGGCUCCUUAUGCCAAGCACAAAGGAAUUGAUGAAUAUUCUGCUGCUUUUUUGCUCUCUAUCUUAGCCUUUGUAGACAUGUUUGCUAGGCCUUCCAUGGGACUUGUAGCAAACUCCAGGUUUAUCCGGCCAAAGAUUCAGUAUUUUUUUAGUUUUGCUGUCUUGUACAAUGGCGUCUGCCAUAUCUUGUGCCCUCUGGCAAAAAAUUACACUGGCUUGGUGAUAUAUGCUGUAUUUUUUGGGUUUGCAUUUGGAAUGGUUAGCAGCGUUCUUUUUGAGACAUUGAUGGACCUUGUUGGAGCUGCAAGAUUUUCCAGUGCGGUGGGACUUGUCACCAUUGUGGAAUGUUGCCCUGUGCUCAUAGGCCCUCCUCUAGGAGGUUGGUUAGUAGAUGUUACUGGUGAAUAUCAGUACAUGUAUUUUGUCUGCGGAGUGAUUGUGACUGUGGCCAGUAUCUGGUUGUUCAUUGGGAAUGCCAUCAACUACAGGCUUUUGGAAAAAGAAAAGAAGUUAGAAGAUGAGAAACAGAAAGCACAGAAGAACGCUGACCCAAAGGAAGCAGAACCAUUAACAAACAAUGAGAAUGAAGAUGCUUCCAGCAGAGCUGAUAAAGCUCUUGAAGAUCCAUCAGAAAGAGAAACCAAUAUUUAAUCUGAAAUAUAGCUCAGAAGGCAACAUUUCUGACCUCUAUUAGGAAUAUGUCUUCAAGACACAGGCCAAGUUUUGUGGUAAUAAUGAUCAGUCACAAUAUUGGAUGGGAACAGAUUUUUGCCCUAUGGCAAGACUCAAAGCUAAAUUACUAUCUACAUUUUAUUUGUUUCAGUGAUACAAAAUUACAAUUAGAGAGGUAGUGACUCAGUGCAAAUGAGUCCAUUAAAUUUUGACUCUGGACAAUCAAGAGUCAAAUAAACCAGGCUAUAAAGCCUUCCAAUGACAGUUUUAUUUAAGUGUAUCUAGUGCAAAAGUAUCUCCUACGCUUAUUUGGGAAGAUACUUGCAUUCAUCUUUAUGAUGUGGUUAAAGUCUGUUGAAAUAAUCUGCCCAAAUUCUACUUACCAUUAAUAUUAAAGAGAACAUAAAGUCAAAGAUGUGUUUCAAAAGAGACAUAAUGCCUAACAGUAGCAUACUGAAGCAUUCUUCUCUUUUGUACACCCGCUAGAUAAAAAAUAUGGCUACAUAAGCAAUUAUGGAUAUAAAAGUUAAGUGUAGGAGACAAAUAAUUGGUGAAUGCACCUCUAAAAUGCAAUAAAAAGCUGAUUUAUAAUAUAUUCCAGAAGUAGUUUCCUCCAGGGACAGCUGAUUACAUAGUAUUUCAACAUAGAUAUAUUUGAAUUCCAAGUCUGGUCACACUUUGCUAAUUCAAACUAGCUGAAAUCUGACUGUACAUAAAAGGUUUAAACCCAAGAUUUACAUUUCUAACAAGAGUGGCAAUCAGUUUGUUUGACUAUGUAUUCCUGUGUACCUGAAGGAUCUGGAUCAGACUGUGAAGCCAUUUUCCUAAAGGGACUAGAUUCAUAAUCAGCUGAUGUUAAAAGGAUACUAACCCUUGGCUUUUGUGGCCUUAAUGAGUUUCAUGACAAUGACUUCAAAGUAGAUGCUUGGCUUUAUUGACAAGUCGUUAGUUGUUUGAUGGUUUUUUGAGAGGAGAUUUAAGAUCUAACUUCAGAUCUUUGCAGAUGGGUAGCUUCCCAGUUCCCACUUCCCUUUCCCAUGAAUUUAGUGAAAAGCUACUUCUUUUUUUGUAGUGCUGCUUUGAGCAAAAAUGCUGCAAGGCACCUUGACAAUGCCAGUCUGGAAGCUUUGUAUUGACACAUCAGUUUUAUGCAGGAUGUUUAGUCUUGUGUCUACAAUUUCACGCACACCAUCAUAUAAAUUAAAAUGUAUACAAUUGUUCCUCUUCCUUUAGACAAAACAAGGCAUAAACCUACAAUUUUACUUUACACAAAUAAUUUAGUACUGCAUUUGAAAGUUAAAAGUGCAAGCUUCUGAAGAUAACAUGUGAAAUUAUUUCUGUUCUAUUUCUAGGUAAGGAAAGGUGCUAUUCAUUUUGGAGGGAUGCUUAUAAAUGCCUCAAAAUUUGUGAAAAUUAAGGGUCUGAUUCAUAAAACAUUUAUGCACUGUUUAUGCAGGAAACACCUACACUCAAUUCCAGGAAAAGAAAAUUAUUCAUUAGUCCUCUUCUAAAUUUCAAAAAGUUGGAAAUAUAUUGGACAUAGAGCUAACUGUGAUAAACACACUUUGAAGUGCCAAUAAAAAAAUUAAAAACUCAGUAGCAAAAUCUAGUAGGUAUGGGAGGGCUUUUAAGAAAGUUAUUUCUUAAUAUUGAUAUGUUCAAUAUUAUUUUAAUUUUUCUUCUAAAAAUGUUGAUAGUGUUUGCUUUUGUUUUACUGGUUUUUCAUUUUAUAAAGUUCCACAGUAAUGCUGAUUUUUUAAAUUUUCUCAUCACUGUUUCAGGGAGAAACAUGAAUCUACUCUCAGCAUGGUACAGAAUUUAAUACCUGCUUUUUACCUAGUUAUAUUCAGGAAAACCAAACUUCUCCAACAAAUCCUGUCAAUUUUUAGGAGCAUCAGAAACAAAAUAUAUGCAUUUCAGAGUUUUGGGAGAAAAUAUGUGUUGCAUGUUCAGACUUGAGCCGUGUAUUGUGUAAAGGGGAAUGACUCAGUCCCAGAAAAAUUAUAGUUCCUCUCCCAAGCCCCAGCUUCAGAGAGGAAGUAAGUACAUUGCACCUCCCUCUGAACCUUAGCCUUGCCAGCACCCCAUGACAUGAAGCAUUGCUCUCUUUUUGGCUGUACAAACAUACUGAGUGAAUUCCAGGAACCGUGAAGGCCUUGUGUGCCCAUAGCCAGAAAGUCAUGAGUUUUAUAGACACUAAGCUUUCAUACAGUGAGGAUUAUCAGUUAUAAAUACUGGAUUAUGAAAGAUGAACUGAAAUUUUAGCUGAAGAGUGGUCAUCAGGAAUAUCAUUCUGCUCUUGAUAGCCACUGAUAGAAAUGCAGAGAUUAUUUGAAAAGAGAUUAAUACAGGAACUGAACCAAAAUGUCUGAGGUAAAAUUGUAGGUGCUUAUUGUUAUAAAAUGGUGAUAAAAAGAAGUCUCUCAGGAAAUAUGCAGGCAACUUGCCUGUUCUAUGCAGGAUCUCAGAAUACAAAACAAAAUGGCAUAGGAAAUAAGGGAAAAAUAAAGUUCCUCGAGCCAUAGACACACCUGACCACUAGUAGCAAAAAUUAUCUCACUAUCUCAGAGGAAAUAAAAAUUUCUAUAAACACUCUACAGAGAUGCUACUCUUUCAUCUCUGGUCCAUUAUGUUAAAAGGCAAUAGGAGUGCAAGAGCUGCUUUACCACCACUCACCAAUAUGCAGUUUUUAAUCCCAUAAGGCAAAAUGAUGUGGCAGGCAACUAGAGUAAUAUAAAGUAGGAAGAGCCAAGUUAAACAUUUCCUUACACUUCUUUCAUUACUCUUUCUCUAAAUAAUAGCAACAAAAUAAAACUCAUCAGCAUACUCUUGAUACUACUGAAUAUUAAAGAAGUUAAAACCCAGAGAUGAGUGGAGAAAAUUGGAACUGUAUCUAUGCAAAAACUGCCUUGAAUUAAAAACCUGUGUCUUCCAAAUUACAGGUCCUAAAGGGGCAAUUGCCUAGUAUAGGUAGCUCUUAUUUCUAAAAGUAAUGAUAAUAAUAAAUUGCCUUGAAUCAACUUUAUUCUGAACAUCAAAGUAGCAAAAUGAGUAUAACUUGGCUUCAAACUCCUGAAUAUCACUCCUUCUUGCACUGACCUCUAAUUUGUACUGUAAAUCAUUUCAUCACUACAUUUCUGCUUUUGAGAUUAGACCUGGGUAUAUACAUAAUUUCUCUGAGUUGCUCCGGUUUCUCUUAAUUACCUCACCCUCAGUUUGAACCAGUGAAGGGUCAGGACUAAGACAUUCCCCUGAUCAGUGAUGAAGAAAUGUACUCAAAAUUUCUAGCACAUGCAUCUCUUAUGCACUCUUAAGAAUCUGUAGUCUCAGUCAGUGCAAGGAAAUCCUUAAUUGGUCUUGUUCUCAUUUAUGCUCAUGUAUACUUCAUUCUUUUAAUUUCUCUGCUACAGUAUUGCUAAGCCUGAUUGCCCUUUUUCUCUUCUAGAAAAAAUAAUGCAAACAUUUUAAAACUAGUAGGAAGGUGGAUAGCAUCAAUAGUAUUUUCCCCAAUUUCAUAUCAGGGUUUAAUUUCAAGUUGUUUUAAAGUGCACAUCCAGAUAUUUCUCACUCUUUUGGGUUUUUUUAUGUCAUAUAUUCUAUUAGCUGGAGAAUUCUCCUGUAUUGCUCUUUCCAACUCAAGAGAAAGACUCCUCACUAAUAAUUCUCAGUACUAUUUCAGGAAUGUAUAAAAAUUUCACCCCUCCCUUCUCUCCCCAUUGAAGCGUGGUUGCAAUUUUUGUUAAUUCUGUAUUUCCAUGAAGUUCAGAAAAGCAUCUUUUUAUAUUAAAGGCUACAGUGCUUUUAUUUCAGGAGUUUGUUUUGUGAACUGUUUUGACAGAGCUAGGGAAAAUCUUACUUCAAAAAGAUUUUUUUUAACUGAUGCUGUCCUUAUUGAGAGGAGAUAUAGCUUUACUUACUGCUGAAAUGAAUGGCAGCAAUUUCACUGACAUUUAUUCAAAAUUCACAUGAAUUUUAAUAGUCGUGUUGCAUAUCAGCAUCCACUGUGCUUAGAAAACAUUUGGCAAUGUGAACAUGAUUGUUCCUCCCAGAGAAUUCUCAUUCUUUUUAAACAUUCCCCACCUCCACCAGCCCAUACUUCAUUUUAACAAAAAAUUUGGACUGGGUAUGUAGUGACUUAUCUUUAAUUAUUUCUUGUUGUUUUUCCUGAAAUGACACAUUUCCAUCUUGCCAAAUGCAACAUUUUUCACUUCCUUCUUUCAUGUCUGGUUGUGAAUAUUAGUGGAGAGAUGUUACUGGGAUACAUAAGUUAAAGAUACCACAUACAGCCAGAUUUUGGACUGCUAUCAAGAUUUUACUAAACAAAGCCAGUUACCGCUUUCAUAGAUGAACGUGCUAUAAAUGACACUGACAAUUUUGCCUAUAACAUAAUUGAAUCAGGCAAUUUUUGUUAGCUUCUCUAUAGAUGACUAUUUUUCUACUCACAGAGAGGAAUAUAAAGAGAAUUUUAAAAUAAUUAUUUUCAGAGAUGGCUUACCAGUUUUAACAAGGCUGUUUGGAUUUUUUUGGGGGUGGGUGCACUUCUGAUAUUUGUGCAAAUAUAUAUAUAAUGAAAGUGCUUGCAUGUACUAUCACAUUUUUGAUCAGAAUUUGCAUAAGCAUUGCUGUGUAAUUUCAACAUAAUUUGCAUGUUGUAGUUUUGCUGUUCAAAUUUUUCUCAUCAUCUACCUCUCAGUUGAAGUUUGGAGACUUGCACAACCCUGGAAGAAUAGAGUUAGCAAAAUGCAAAAUGGUAAUAAAUUGCAAAAUGGUAAUAAAAGUCCAGACUAUUAGAAAGUCUCCCAAAUAUUUAAAGCUGCUUACAUUUCUGUUUUGAAAACAGUGUAUAUCUGUGACCACAUCUUUGUAUCAGUUCACAUAUCUUUAAUCUUAACCCAUACCUGUGAAGUUUUUGCAUCACUGAUCUGGUUUGAAAACUCAGUGUGUCAUUUAGCUAUCCAAAGUCUAAUGAUCAUUCUGUGAGAUGCUGGCCCACUAUUCUUUUUUGUUUUCUUACAAUUUCUGAGUUAGGGAAAUUAACAAAGUUAAUAUAUCUAACCAGUUUAUAAAAUUAUUACAGAACAUUUUGCAUCCCUGAAAAAAAAAAAAAGUGUUUUUGGGUUAGAAACAAUCGCAAAUUUUAGCUUGCUUUUCCUUUUAUGGGGCAGUUGAAGGAAGUAGUCACAAAAUAUUAGAUUGGGGUCAAGGAAUGAUGAUUAUUCUUCAUAUGCUCUUUACAAAAGCAGAGAUGAUUGUUCCUUCAAAGAUAUUUUUUCAAACCAUUCUUGCCUUCUAGGACCUAGUAUAUAGUCCACUAAAGCCAACAUAAAAAUACCAAUCAAAGAGCUUUACCAGACAUUGGAGGUGAUGUGGCUUCAGUGGAAGUUUCAGCCUUAUUUUCUCCAUUCCAAAUCUCAGGACUAUCAGAUAUAACACAGCAAACACAGGAUUUGUUACAGCUGGCAAAUUUUCUAUGCCUGCAUAAUAUUCCUAAUGAAUCAGUCCCUAAAUUAACACACAAUAUGUAUUAUUUUAAUAGUCUAUGUAAAUAAAUUAAAAAAAAAUCCCACCAUACACUCCGAAUGUAGAUUAUAAAAUACAGAAGAUAUAUUUGAAUAAAUAUCCAAACAAGUCUGUCAACCCCAAAGGAAAUUAUCUAUUUCCUUUCAAGCCUUCCUUGAGCAGUUUAUAACCUUCAUUUUUCUUAUUUCCAGAGAAAAUGGUUUAUGUCGUCUGUGAAUGUAUAUAUGGACAUAUAUAAGGGAAUAUAUAUGCAGAUGUGUUAUGUGUGUAUAUAUGUAUUCCCCUAUAUAUAAAACUCUAAUUUAUAUAUAUUAUAUAUAUUUAUGUAUAUAUAAAAUAUAUAUAAUGUUUUAGAGUAAGUUGCAUAUUGUGCCUGAUAAAUGAAACUUAAUUGUAAGCAAAUAAAAGCUUCCACAAAUGACAGGAAAAUUUGAAGCUUUUCUGUAAGACCAUAUGUUAUUUUUCAGUUUCUGCUAGAUUUAUUUAUGGUAGAAAUUAAUUCAAAAAGCUGCAGUAUUACAUAACACUGGUUUCUAACCAUGACUCAGUUCAAAACAGCCUGAGAUCACUGAGAAUGUUCAUUGAGGUAGAUGGCAAAACCUACAUUGUAGGUGAACUUGUUGGUGGGGUGUCGUUGCUAUGGAAAUAUUAACUAAAUGGUCUCUGAACAGACUGCAACCAAUGUACUGAGUUUUUUUCUAAUGUGAUCUGUAUGACCAGCUCAUACAAAGUAUUGGUGGACAUGGUGGACAAGUAUGGAAAGUGAGAAUACUCAAACCCCUGCAAACAAUAUUCCUGUUAGAUUAAUAUGUGAAAUUCUCCAAAACAUUAGUCACUAAAAAUGCUGACAAUGUAUCAUACCUUUUACAAGUUUUGCUGGUUUUAAUUUGUCUGCAAGUAGGCCCAUGAAAAGUCUACAUUUGGCUCUCACUCUUCAUAAAAGUUAUAUCUUAAAAUUACUGGGAGAUUUUUCAGAGUGGUACAUAAGUCAUUUACAUAAAUUCCCUUCCUCAAAGAGUUAUACAGCUGCAUUUUCCACUUAUAGCCUCCUUGGAAAGUUCACCGCAUCUGCAGCUUAUCAACAGAACCUGGUAUUGCUAUGCAAUAAUUAAACAUGCAGUAACCAUUUUUGUUGACUAAUAAAGUUGUUUCUUCCUUUCUGUAUUUUGCAAUACUGUAUGGUUUUUACUUGAAUAUAUUGGCUAGAUUUUGUUUUGACAAUCAUUUAUUAGCUAGAGGUGCUAUUUAUGUUCCAAAGAGAUAUGAGUGAAUGAUAACUUUCUCUUUUUAGAUGCCAAAUCCUUUUUUUGACCUGACAAAAUUCAUUGUUCAUAAUGUAUAUUAACCCUGUAAAAUGCUUAUGCAUUGCAUUAAAUUGUAUUUAAAUGCAUUUUUGUUCAUUAACUUCUAUUCCAGGCUUGUACUACUGUGUAACAUGUCAAGUUUAUCCAUAUAUAUUUAUGGGAAAUUACAAUGAAAAUUGUAUAUAAUAAGCAAUUGGGAGAAAAACAGAAAAAUUAAAAUAAAAUUUCCAUGUAAAGUUUUUCUGAAA